AUGGCGAUCUUCACACACUUGUUGCUUGUCUGGUCUCUGAUGCCGCUGGUACUCAGUUACCCUUUCAUCCCACCAACAUGCUACUCCAAGGUGCUGAGCAUGGCCCGGGAGCUCACACAGACGGCUGCGUAUCUGAAGUGGGCCCCUGAAACUAGUUACUGCAUGGCACACAUGCCAGACCUCUACCUUGAUGUCCAUAAUGCUUGUGUGAUGCAAAAAAUGAGGGCCUACAUCUCCCUGGUGGACGGGCUGCGGGAUCGCCGCUGUGCUUACACCAGAGAAGUGAGGAAGCUGGGCGGCACUCUGAGGCAGCUCUUCAUCUUCAUGUCGGAGAAAUGUCACGGGGUGAGACAAUGA